CACACCAACAGAGGAAGCGGACAUUGUAGUGGGCGGCACCAUGCCGUGCCAGCUCACCACAUUCCUGAGAGUCACAUCAGCCACGCCCCUCUCUUCCCACUACUCCCCCUCCCAGGCUGUGCUGGACAUCACAACAACAGAGGUGGCGGAUUUCAUAGUGGGCGGCACCAUGCCGUGCCUGCCCACCAGGUUUGAUGCCGCCAUCCACAGGAAGGUUCCUCUCGUGCUCAGCCUGGGGGCGCUCGACAUGGUCAACUUCGGAGAAGCUUCCUCCGUGCCCAAGGAGUUUGACGGGCGCACCCUCCACGUGCACAACCCGCAGGUCACCCUCAUGCGCACAACGGCCGACGAGAACCGUCGGAUCGCGCAGUUCAUUGCGGGCAAGAUGAACCAAUCAGAGGCGCUCGUGACACUACUAAUACCUGAGGGGGGCCUGUCCGCUCUAGACGCCCCAGGCAUGGCCUUUUGGGACCCUGCUGCUGACGCUGCUCUGUUCGAAGAGCUGGAGAAGCAAGUGGUGCAGACGGAUAGCAGGAAGGUGGGUAGAGGGUUGAUGGGGGUGAAAGAGAUAGAGUGCGGUACACAUGAGUGCAAUGGAGUGGGUGGGCUGUCGGCCCUAGACGCCCCGGGCGUGGCCUUCUGGGACCCUGCUGCUGACGCUGCUCUGUUCGAGGAGCUGGAGAAGCAAGUGGUGCAGACAGACAGCAGGAAGGUGGGUAAGGUGAAGGGUGUGAGGGAUGGAAUGUGGUGCAGUGUGGUUCUGUUUGUGGGCUCUGUGGCUGAUGCUGGUCUGUUUGGGAGUCUUGAGCAAGAGAUCAUUCGCCUGCCCCACCACAUCAACGACCCUGCCUUCGCUGCUGCCCUCGUCAAUGCUCUCCUGCCCCUCCUCCCAUCCACCCAGCCCCACUCACCUCCUCCUCCUUCCCUUCCCACUGCUUCUACCGCUGACCCCUCUGCUCCCGCCACUACUCCCCCACCCGCUGAACCAACCACCAUCACAACCACCUCCACCUCUCCAUCCCCUUCCGCACCCCUCCCCACCACUCUCAACCCACCCCCUGCUUUCGACCUCAGCCCGAUCCCCUGGCUGGUCGACCGCCGCACCGCCAUCCUGGACUCCCUGCGGUUCCAAGUGGCGGCAGGGAGGGCGAUCAUAGGGGGCGGGGCGGGCACGGGGAUAAGCGCCAAGUGCGAGGAGAUGGGGGGCGUGGACCUCAUUGUGAUCUACAACUCGGGCCGCUUCCGCAUGGCUGGCAGGGGGUCGCUGGCGGGGCUGCUGCCGUUUGCCGAUGCCAAUGCUGUGGUGGAGGACAUGGCUAAAGAGGUUCUCCCGGUAAUCAAGUCAGUGCCAGUGCUAGCAGGCGUGUGCGCCACGGACCCCUUCCGCCAGAUGCCUCUCUUCCUGCGCCGCCUCGCCGCCCUCGGCUUCGCGGGCGUCCAAAACUUCCCCACAGUGGGCCUCUACGAUGGCUCUUUCCGCACCAACCUAGAGGAGACCAACAUGGGGUACCCGCUGGAAGUCUCCAUGAUUAAAACGGCUAGUCUCCUGGGUUUCCUCACGACGCCGUAUGCGUUCAACGAGGAGGAGGCGCGGAGCAUGGCGGGCGCGGGGGCGGAUGUGGUGGUGGCGCACAUGGGGCUGACGGCAGCGGGCAGCAUAGGGGCGAGAAACGGUGUGCUCUUUGGAGGAGGCGGUGGGGGCGAGUGCAGCGCAUGGCUGAACGCUGCUAGAGGGGGUCAAAUCCCAACGUCCUAG